GGGGACGGCGGCAUUUUAAUAAGCGCCGCCUUACGUCGUCUAACAGUGUCAAGCAUCGUUUACACACAGUAAACAAGUUAAACUCGGCCGCAGAGUAUGGCUGGGAAUUUCUGGCAAAGCUCGCAUUGUCAGCAGUGGCUACUAGAUCCCUCUGAUUUGGUUCGAGAACGCCAAGGGGAUUUCGCCAUCGUCACAGAGGAAGAUUAUCAAAAACUCUUCAUCUUCUUUAGUAACUUCAUCCAGGUUCUUGGCGAGCAUUUGAAACUCAAACAACAAGUCAUAGCAACUGCCACAGUUUACUUCAAGCGGUUUUAUGCCAGGAAUUCCUUGAAAUGCAUUGAUCCACUGUUACUAGCCCCCACAUGCAUUCUGUUGGCUUCAAAAGUCGAAGAGUUUGGUGUAAUUUCGAACAACAGAUUAAUCACAACAUGUCAAUCAGUUGUCAAGUCAAAGUUCAACUAUGCCUAUCCUCAAGAGUUUCCCUACAGAGCACAACACAUCCUUGAGUGUGAAUUUUAUUUAUUGGAAAACAUGGAUUGCUGUCUAGUUGUUUACCAACCUUACAGACCACUUGUCCAAUUUGUUCAAGACAUUGGGCAAGAAGAUCUUCUUGGAUUGUCAUGGAAAAUAGUCAAUGAUAGCCUAAGAACUGAUAUAUCUCUUCUGUACCCCCCUUACCAAAUUGCAUUGGCUGCCAUGCAAAUGGCUUGUGUUGUGCUUCAGAAAGACGGGAAAAAUUGGUUUGCGGAAAUUGCCGUCGAUACGGAUAAAAUUCAAGAAAUAACGCGUCAAAUUCUGGCUCUGUACGAUCUCUACAAGACCUACGACGAGAAAAAAGAAAUUCAGGGUUUGUUGGCCAAAAUGCCUAAACCCAAAACGCAGCCAAGUCGGCCUCCCUCGUCAGCACAAUCACAGGAUGGAAUACAGGGCACAAAUGACCAGUCCAUGGGUGUGACAAAUUGAUUAUCAUUAUCAUUCUCAUUUUAUAAACUGAAAAACACAAAAACUGUGUUAUGAUCAACUAUUUAAUACAUGCUUUCUUUUACAAUGAAAA